AUGGCCCGUGUGGAUUUGUGGUCACUCACCCAGCCUGUGGGCAUCAUGCGAACACUGGCAGUCAUCCUCACUUGUACGGCCUUUUGCCUGGUGGCAACAGUGGGACACAUGUCAUCUUCCUACUGGGCAUGGUGCAUGUUCACCUGGACUUUCUGCUUCUUCUUCACCCUUCUCAUUCUCAUCCUAGAGUUCACAACUGUCAGCGCCAAGUUGCCUUUCGCCUGGGACGACUUCACCGCUGCCUUUGCUAUACUGGCGAGCCUCAUGUGCUUGGCCACCUCCAUCAUCUACCCAACCUUUUUCACCUGCAAGACCUGCCACCGCCAGAUCGGUGCGUCUGUGGUAUCCUGGGUCUGUUUAGGGUUGUAUGCAGGUGAGGUGGCCCUGACACGCCUGCGCCCAAGUGGACAGACCAGCGGGUUUCUCUCCACGUUGCCGGGCAUAAUGAAGAUGCUGGAGACCUUCCUUGCCUGUCUCAUCUUCACGUCUCUGGAGAAAAGUCAGUACAUCGGUUCCCCAGCAAUGCAGUGGUGCGUGGCCGUGUAUUCCUUGUGUUUCAUCUUCUCCAUCAUUAUAAUCCUGCUCACCGUUGGACAGCUGACCUCUUUUUUUCCAUUCUCCUUUGACUAUCUGGUGAUUGUAUAUAACAUUUUGGCAGCAGUGAUGUAUACAACUGCUAUGGUGAUCUGGCCACUUUAUGGUUUCCCCAACAAUACCAGACCCACUAACUGUGGCCACCAUUGUGCCUGGGAUAAACUGGUGGUGGUCACCUGCAUGACAAUCUUAAACUUUAUUGUUUACACCCUGGACACCGUCUACGCUAUACGCCUUGUGUUCUUUGUCAGUAACCAGUGA